AUGGCAGUCUUCAGAUUGACGUUCACCAAGACCAAGAGGGACAAGCUGGCCCAGGUGCUAUGGAUCCUGAACUGGAUCUCAGUGGUGACAGGGAUCAUCCUGUUCAGCCUGGGGCUCUUCCUCAAGGUGGAAAUCAACAAGCGAGGGGAGCUGAUGGCUGAGAGGAACAUCCAGUACGUGCCCAACAUGCUGAUUGCCGUGGGCCUCAUCGCCUGUGCCAUAAACUUCCUGGGUGGGAAGAUCUGCUACGACUGCGUGGACACCACCAAGUUCUUGCGCUGGAAGCUGAUCAUGCUGCCCUACAUAUUAUGCACCUUCUUCUUCACCUUCUGCGUGCUGGUGGGGGCUCUGAUGUGUUACAGCAUGCAUGGGGAGCUCGAGGAGUCUCUGAACCUGGGGCUGACAGAGGCCAUCAGGUUCUAUAAGGACACAGACACACCAGGACGGUGCUUCCUAAAGCAAACUGUGGACAUGCUGCAGAUACAGUUCAAGUGCUGUGGGAACAAUGGCUAUAAAGACUGGUUUCAAAUCCAGUGGAUCAGCAACCGUUACCUGGAUAUGUCCCAAAAAGAGGUGGUGGACCGAUUAAGAAGUAACGUUCAGGGGAAGUACCUGAUGGACGGAGUCCCCUUCAGCUGCUGCAACAUCAACUCCCCCCGGCCCUGCAUCCAGCAGCAGAUCACCAACAACUCAGCUCACUUCCACUACGAGCACCAGACGGAGGAGCUGAACCUGUGGAUGAAAGGGUGUCGCCAGGCGCUGCUGGAGUACUACACCCACAUAUUGCAGUCCAUUGGCCUCUCAGUCCUCAUCGCCUGGCUGUUUGAGCUGUCCGUGUUGACAGGCGUCCGUUACCUCCAGACUUCCCUGGAAAAUGGGCUGAGACAGGGCGACCUCAACUCUGAGUCUGACGGAUGGCUGCUGGAACAGAGCUUUAUGGAAACUGCCCGCGUUAACCUGAAUAUCAUCAAAAGCCUUGGCAAGUGCAACCAGAUAGACACAGCCAACAAUGGAGACCCCAACAUUAACAUUCCCUGCACCUCUAAAGCAAACUAUGGGCCGGACAAUGUGCCUCCAAAGGAAAUACCGGAGGCCAGUUGA